UGUCACGCUGCCUGUAUCCAUUCUGAAUAAAAUCACUCUCUGGCACGGUCGCCGUUGUGGCAUUAGGUUGAUGCUGCUGUUGUUGUUGUUGUUUGUUGCAUCUCACAUGUACUUACUGUUAUGUACUGUAGUGCUGGAGGAAGCGGCUUCUGCUGCAGCUAAGCAAGCAGGCACCGCUCGCGUAAACAACAGUUCGCAGCCCGCCAGCAACGAGGGGGGGACGAGCGAACGAACGAGUGAGCAGCAGCAGCAGCAGCAGCAGCACCAGCGAGUAGCAAAUCGCGAUUCGGCUCCCGCAGCAGCAGCAGCAGCACCAUGUAUUGCACUCGACUCUAGUACCCUCUGGCCAUUGGGCCGGCAAUCUCCAUCCAACACUGCGCGUCACAGCAGUACGGGGGGGACGGCAAUGCAGGCACAGCGAUUCCCGCCUCCAGACAUCUGGUCUGCCCGUCUACCUAUUCGACCUGCCAUGGCAUAGCAUCGCAUGACGGUUUGGUCACUCACCUUGCUGCCAACAAACUACCACAUUCAGUCCUGCGAUGCCGAACUUGGCCAACGACUAAACCUGCCUGGUCACCAAUUCUCCUCAAUGCCCCGUUUGAUGAUGAUUUUUUCUUCGCACGUCAUGUCAUGCCAAAGCGUCUGCGACGGCGUUGCCAGAGCAUUCGGCACCGGGCACAGCCAGCAGGCAUGUUGCCUCCAACCACGCUUUCCGCGUCCCAUGCUGUUUGCUUGCCCUCCACUUGCCGACAGCUAAUGUGCUGCCAUGGCACG